UUAAAAAAACGCAACACGCAUCACGCACAUACAUACACAAACCGUUUGCAACACAAAACGCGAAGCCGUAAACAAUUAUUUUCCCUUCGCCAAAAGCACAAUUAAAAAGGCGCCGCCAUCAACGCGCAACGAACGCCGCGUCCGGGUGUGUUGGUGUGCAAUACGUAUCGCGUACGGUGAAUGACGCCCAGCGCCCGAAUGCCCGAAAAUGUACAUCAAAUCGAUCGUCAUCGACGGGUUCAAAUCGUACGGCCGGCGUACGGAGGUGCAGGGAUUCGAUCCGGAGUUUAACGCCAUCACCGGCCUGAACGGGACGGGCAAGUCGAACAUCCUCGACUCGAUCUGCUUCGUGCUGGGCAUCUCGAACUUGGUUCACGUCCGCGCCACGUCGCUGCAGGAUUUGGUGUACAAGAGCGGGCAGGCGGGCAUUACGAAAGCGACCGUGACGCUGAUAUUCGACAACUCCAACCCGAACCAGUGCCCGAUCGGGUACGAAACCUGUCGGGAAAUUUCCAUCACCCGGCAGAUCGUGGUGGGCGGCAAGAACAAGUACCUGAUCAAUGGCAAGUCGGUGCAGAACAAGCGGGUGCAGGAUCUGUUCUGUUCGGUGCAGCUGAACGUGAACAAUCCCAACUUCCUGAUCAUGCAGGGGCGCAUCACGAAGGUGCUGAACAUGAAGCCGGCCGAGAUACUGUCGAUGAUCGAGGAGGCGGCCGGCACGAGCAUGUACGAGGCGAAGCGCGACUCGGCGCUGAAGCUGAUCGAGAAGAAGGACGCGAAGCUGAACGAGCUGUACGCGGUGAUACGGGAGGAGAUCGAGCCGAAGCUGGAGAAGCUGCGCAAGGAGCGGGAGCACUACAUCGAGUUCCAGAAGGUGUGCCGCGACAUCGAGUACCUGACGCGGCUGUACGUCUCGUACCGCUAUCUGCAGCUGUGCAAGGGCGUCGAGGAGUCGGAGCGAACGAUCGCAAACCUGCAGUCGGUGAUUGGGGAGAGCGAGCAGAAGAUCGAGUCGAACUGCGCCACGGCCCAAACGCUCGAGCAGGAGGCGAAGGAGCUGCAGGAGCGCAUCGACACCGAGGGGGGCGGUGCGCUGGGUGAGCUGGAGCAGCAGCUGGCGGUGGAAAGCAAAAAGGAGGCGACCGUGGCCGCCGAGCGCAACACGAUGAAGGACAGCAUCGGGCAGGAGCAGCGGAAGCUGAAAAAUCUCCAGAAAAGCAUCCGCGACGACGAGCAGGCGCUGGCGGGAAAGGAGGUGGAGAUGCAGCGGCGCGGCGAAUCCUUCCAGGCGCUGAAGGACGCGUGCGAGGCGGACGAGCAGGCGUUCGCGAAGGCCCAGAAGCGGUUCGAGGCGGUGUCGGCCGGUCUGUCGACGAACGAGGACGGCGAGGCGGCCACGCUGCAGGACCAGCUGAUAGCGGCGAAGCAGAAGUCGGCCGAAGCGACCACCGCCAUCAAGCAGUCGGAGAUGGAGCUGAAACACUCGCAGCAGCUGCUGCGGGACAAGCAGAAGAACAUGAACAGCAGCGACGCGGCGUACCUGGAGGACAAGCGCAAGCUGACGAAGGUCGAGGGCCAGAUCGGGCAGCUCGAGCGGGAGCUGCAGUCGACCGGGUACGAAGAGGGCUCGAUGGAAACGCUUGCGGGCCGGCGUCAGGCACUGCAGCAGGAAGUGCGCGGGCUGCGGUCGGAGCUGGACCGGCGCAAUGCGCACCGGUGGGAGCUGCAGUAUCGCGACCCGGAGCCGGGCUUCGAUCGCCGCUCGGUGAAGGGUAUGGUGGCGAAGCUGGUCACCGUGAAGGAUCCGAAGUACGCGCAGGCACUCGGUACGGUGGCGGGCGGUAGUCUGUACUCGGUCAUCACCGAUACGGACACGACGAGCAAGAAGCUGCUGCAGAAGGGCCAGCUGCAGACGCGCACCACCAUGAUUCCGCUGAACAAAAUUUCGGGCCGAAAGAUCGAUCCGUCCGUGGCGCGCUUUGCGGAGGAGCUGGUGGGGAAGGAGAACGUGACGACGGCACUGUCCUGCAUCAGCUACGACCCGGAGGUGGACCAGGCGAUGCAGUUCGCUUUCGGGCACUCGUUCAUCGUGAAGAAUCUGGAGAUUGCGAACAAGAUCACGUUCCAUCCGCGGAUCAAGACGCGCUCGGUCACGCUGGACGGGGACGUGGUGGACCCGGGCGGUACGCUGUCCGGUGGUGCCCGGGCAAAGGGCAAUGCGGUGCUGCUGGAUGUGGCGGAAAUCAAUCGGAUACAGGCGAUGCUGCAGGAGAAGGAGGCGGAACUGCGUGAUAUAAGUGCGGAAGUUAGCAAAAUCGAGAAAACAGCGCACCGAUUCGGACAGCUGAAGGAGCAGCACGAUAUGCUCAACUACGAGCUGAACAAUCUGAAGCAGCGCCUGGCUCAAACAUCGUUCCAGCAAACGAAGGAAGAAAUCGAAGAGCUUAAUAAAAAGAUUGAAACGCUACAAAAAACCAUCGUGGAAGCACGCGAAACACAAACGCAGUGCAGCGCCAAGGUGAAAGACCUGCAGGCCAAGAUCGCGGACGGCAAGGGGCACCGCGAGCGGGAGCUAAAGUCGGCCGAAGAAGAUUUGAAGCGCUCGAAAAAGAAAAGCGAAGAGAGCCGCAAAAACUGGAAAAAGCACGAGCAAGACUUCGAAACGCUCAAGCUCGAAAUCGAGGAGCUGCAGAAGGGCAUCAUGACCGCCAAAGAGCAGGCAGUGAAGCUGGAGGAACAGAUCGCCGCCCUGCAGCAGCGGCUGGUGGAGGUGAGCGGCACCACGGACGAGAUGACGGCGGCCGUGACCGCGCUAAAGCAGCAGAUCAAGCAGCACAAGGAGAAGAUGAACUCGCAGAGCAAGGAGCUGAAGGCAAAGUACCACCAGCGGGACAAGCUGUUGAAGCAGAACGACGAGCUGAAGCUUGAGAUCAAGAAGAAGGAGAACGAAAUCACGAAGGUGCGCAACGAGAACAAGGACGGGUACGAUCGGAUCAGCGGGAUGGAGCAAAAGUACCCGUGGAUACCGGAGGAUAAGGAGUUUUUCGGCGUGAAGAACACGCGGUACGAUUACAACAAGGAGGAUCCGCAGGAAGCGGGCCGAAAGCUGAAGAAGCUGCAGGACUCGAAGGACAAGAUGAGCCGAAACGUGAACCAGAAGGCGAUGGUGCUGCUGGAGCGGGAGGAGGAACAGUACAAAGAGGUGAUGCGCCGCAAGAAGGUGGUCGAGGACGACAAGAAGAAGAUCCAGGCAAUCAUUACCGAUCUGGAUGAGGAGAAGAAGAAAAAGCUGAAGGUGGCCUGGAGCGAGGUGGAUGAAAAUUUCGGCAGCAUCUUCAGCACGCUGCUGCCGGGCACGCAGGCUCGGCUCGUACCGCCGGACGGUGUAGACUUCAUGAAGGGGCUGGAGGUGAAGGUUGGCUUCAACGGGAUGUGGAAGGAAUCGCUGACCGAGCUGAGCGGUGGGCAGCGUUCGCUGGUGGCGCUUUCGCUCAUCCUGGCCAUGCUAAAGUACAAACCGGCCCCGCUGUACAUUCUGGACGAAGUGGACGCGGCGCUGGACCUUUCCCACACGCAGAACAUCGGCAACAUGCUGAAGGCCCACUUUACCAACUCGCAGUUUAUCAUCGUGUCGCUCAAGGACGGCAUGUUUAACAAUGCGAACGUGCUGUUCCGGACCAAGUUCAUCGAUGGUAUGUCCGGCGUGACGCGAACGGUAAAUGUGGCCAACAUAAAGAGAGCUGCGGCCGAUGCUGCCUCCCGUGGAAGGUAACGCGUAUGGAAGGAUAUUUCUGAAGGAACUUAACAUUAAUGUUUUGAUUUGAAUUAAUGUUUCAUUUGAAACCAAUCCCUUCGUGGGGAGCAUGUAUGUAUAAUAGCAGGAAAAGGAAAAGGACAUUUUGGAAUGACUUUUCAAGCACAUCUCUAAACAGACUUCACGUUUUCAAUUGGUGUACAUAUAGAUUGAAUUGUCGAAAUGAUUAAUUUUAUAAUCUUUUAACACAAGUACUAUUUUAAUUUAACUAAAUAAGAUACGUGCUUCUACCACUACGAAUGUUUUAUGAGGAACUUUUACUGAAAUACAUGACUUUUUCAAAUGAUAA